AUGGAGUGUGAUACAGGGAGAAAUUGGAUAGGGGAAGGUGGCAAAACUUGGAGAGAGACGGUGGAUAUCGAGAGAGUGGACAGAGGGAAGGAGCGCGGCAUGAACGGGGGGAAAAAGGAAGAGCAUGGUGGUGUUAAAUGGAGGGUUCUGCUCUCUGGUCUCAUUGGAGUGGUGUCAUGGAAGAGGCCGCUCUCUCUUGUGAUCACAUUCUUCAUGCUGCUGUCUGCAGUUUGUGUGAUGCUAAACCUGGCGGGCUCCAUCCUCUCUUGCCAGAACGCUCAACUUGUCAACUCUCUGGAAGACUGUCAGCUGCUCAAGUUUGACAGCGAUGGAGUGUGUGUAUGCUGCGAGCUACAGAAGCAAAGUUCAAGCUGCAACAGCCUGGGAGAGACGCUGAAGCUAAAUCCACUGAGGGACUGCAAUACGAUACGUAUACGUCUCAAGGAGCUGCUUUUCAGUGUAUGUGCCCUUAACGUCAUCUCCACCAUUGUGUGUGCUCUAGCCACUGCAAUGUGCUGUAUGCAGAUGGUCUCGACUGAUGUGCUGCAGAUGUUUAUGCCACACAGAGCUCGAGCCCUGAACGCUGACUGUAUGACCCCCCACGGAACAAUCCUCCACCAAACACUGGACUUUGAUGAGUUUAUUCCUCCCAUUCCCCCACCGCCGUACUACCCCCCAGAGUACACCUGUACCCCCUCAAUGGAUGGACAGAGAGGCUUGCAUCUGGACUUUCCCCAUUCUCCCUUCAGUGCCAUAUAUGGGGUUCCUAUCAACAGCCCAGGCACCCUGUACCCAACUGACCUGCCCCCUCCAUAUGAGUCUGUGGUGGGUCAAACACCUGCCAGCCAGGUUACCAUCAGCAUAGAGCAACAGGCCACUGAGUCCAGUCUGUGUGAGAGAAAUACUACCGCAGGUCUCAGCACUCAGGCCUCAGUGGACAGUGCCUCUCUCAUGGUGUCAGAGGUGGCUGACCAGGACCAGACUUGCUCCUCAGAGGACUUGUGCUCCCUGGAGGUCCAGGGCUCUGACUCCUCUCCCUAUGGCACGCUCCACACUGCCCCCACUGAUGGAAGCUGCACCAGCCUGGAACUUUGUACACGUGAUGCCUCACGUUGCCGCCGUGGCUUGACUAACACUGAUGCUCGCCCUAGUGAUACUGGAUACAGUGAGUCCUCACACACGCAGGAGUCGCUGGAGCGCUCACCUGACUGGUCCUCGGAAAACUUUAGCAAUCUGGACCAAGAGGACUCAGCAGAGAACACACAUCUAUGUGAUGAACUCAAGGCUUCAAUGCACAUAUGCGACGAGCUGGCCUCAGCCAAGCAUUUACCAGAGGAGCCACCUAAACCCACACCACACACCCUUAUCAAAGCAAGAAUGACAAGCCGGAAGCUCACACUACCGGUUACUAUCCCCCCGCCACCUCAGCCUUGCUCCCCCACCUCUGUGGCUUCCUCUGGUGGAACUUCAGCUUUCAGCCCUUUGGCUGCUUCCCCUUCCCCUUCACCUCCUGCCAGGCCACGCGGCCCAAGGCUGUGUUUCAGUGUUUGGUCACCUUCCUCUGCAUCACAACCCCCCUCUACCUCAGCCCAAAGUGGACACUCACCUUCAGAGAAGCCUCGGGUGCUCCGAGCAGCCAGGAGGUACCGCAAACUGGCACGCAUUGUCCGUUCCACCAGUGACCCUAUCUCGUGCUCCACUAUGACAGAAAGAGAAAAUUCUGGGUGCACCCCUGGAACUGAUCCUGCUACUGAAGAGUUAGCUCAUGCAUCACCAGAUCAGGAGCCAAGGGACAAUUCAACAGAGGUAGUUGGAGGUAAACCCACACAUAUGUCUGCCAGGAAGCAGCAGAAAGAGGGCAAGAAAGUUGACAUCCACCUUAAACCCAGAUCGCUCCACACACACUCCUCCAACGAACGCCCACACUCCCUGGCUGACCUUAAGAUGUACAAAGACACCAAAAUACUAGUGGCUAAGUUCCUGGAGCACUCGAGCUGCAGUCUACCUCCUGAAGUCCAGCAAGUUGUCAACAACAUCAAGUGUGUCAUUAAAUCAGAUGAGAAACACAUGGAGGAGGCCAUCUUUAGUGCAAAUGUCAUAGAUCAGGUGAUGACCCAGCGCAUCAUAGGCAGUCCCAGAAAGCGUGGGCAUGAGGAUCUUCAUCUCCAGAGCUGCGGCGCUUUGAGUUCAUCACCGUCCCCUUCCAUGCGCCGUCCAAAACAUCUCCCACAAACAUCCACUGCCUGCACCAAUCCACUGCGUUCCCCCUCCUCUGAACAAAGCCUUGAGUGCAGAGAAACUAUUCUCUGACCACUCUCCUAACAAGGACUUGGGUCUAAACUCUGAGGGCAUUCCAGGAUGCUGGUGUUGCAGACAUGCUGCCCUGGGAAUCUGAUGUCUGUGAAGCGCUUAAGAACUCUUUGGGUGUCGUGAGAUCGUUUUUUGAACAAUGUGACUGCAGCACAAAGCUACUGAAAUGCCUUCAUACUGUAUUCCCUAGUGCCCUGUGAGACUGUGCCAAGUCAUCAGCAGAAAUGGUAGCAAACUCAGAAUGAGCCUACCUGUGUCUGUAGUGGCUUAUUUCUCAUCAGAAAAACAAAAGAAUGUUUCUCCCUCAGGGGAUCUUUUCUACUCAGUUUCAUCUCUUAAAAAAGACACAAAUACGCAGCUGGUAAGUUUGGAUCCGUGACUGAAAGACAAAGGAGAUUGUGUAAUCAGUAUUCCUCUUGUCCUCAUAAGAAACAGAGAAAAUACAUGUUUGUAUUAAACUGUGAACUGAAUUGACAGGACAUUGUUUGCAGACUUUGUGGAUUUGUUACUGAUAGGGUGGUGACUAUUUUGUGGUUCAAGAACAUCACAGAUGUGGAUUAUUUAACUUACCUCAUUGUGUUACAAUUCUUAUCCGUGU